AUGGCCGACUUUUUACGUCUACGUAUACAUGUGCGUUCGCGUUUUUUUUAUUGAAGCGCAAUAGAUGCACGGGAUAACGAAUGACACGUUUCGUCUUUCAUGAAUUAAUGGACGAUUCUGUUGAAGAUGGUGCGAAUUUUUUUUCUCUUGCUCGUUAACGUCGUAGGUUCUGUAGUCGAUCACAUACGUAAAUAAUGACGAGUAAUUCUUUAUUUAUUUGCAGAGCGUGACUUUACACACUGACGUUGGGGACAUAAAGAUAGAAUUGUUUUGCGAGUUGUGUCCAAAAACAUGCGAGGUAGGAAUUAUUUUUUUUUUUUUACACGUUUGUUUCGCAGUACAAGCAUUUGUACCAUGCUUCUGACAAGUUUUGUAUUUCGCAGAACUUUCUUGCCCUAUGUGCUAGCAAUUACUAUGACAACUGCUUGUUUCAUAGAAACAUAAAAGGUUUCAUCGUGCAAACUGGAGAUCCUACGCACACUGGCAAAGGUGGAACAUCGAUAUGGAAUCGCAAAUUUGAAGAUGAAUUUAAAGAAGAAUUGAAACACAAUGCGAGAGGAUUGAUUUCCAUGGCCAAUAAUGGCCCAAAUAUGAAUGGGAGUCAGUUUUUCAUAACGUAUGGUCCUCAGCCACACUUGGAUUUGAAGUACACUUUAUUUGGAAAGGUAAUAGAUGGUUUGGAAACUCUUGAACAGUUGGAAAAAUUGCCAAUAAAUCCUAAAAAUUACAGGCCUCUUACAGAAACUCGAAUAAAUAGUGUAACUAUACAUGCCAAUCCAUUAGCAGGGUAGAUGUAAAUAGGAAGUUUAAUUUUUUAAAAUCUUUCAAACUUGCAAAUCGUAUUUAUUCGUGUAUCCUGGAACGGUAUUUCAUCAAGAAGAUUAAACAUAUUUCAGUAACAGUGAUCCACCGUGUAUCGUUUGCCCAUAGCUUCAAUUUCAUAAUUGCCAUUUUCUACAAAUUCCUUUGUUACGUUUUCCCCAUUAGGAUGUCUGAUGUACCUGAUAUGAACUAAUAUUAGUUUUAUACUCUUUUUAUCGUCGUAUUUUCAAUGUCACUUUCCUUACCCAUGUCCAAUAGCAUUUCUAUUGGUGUAACCCUGCUCGACACGACGUAAAUAACCAACGAGACAUCCGUUUCUGUAAAUAAGUUCCAUACCCCAUAAUGGAACAGCACUGCGUCGAAGCAUAUGCUCAUUAGUAUUAUUUCGUCGAAAUCGAAUGUAAAAAUUGUCAAUGAUAUUUCAUAAUACAUAC